AUCAGCCCAACCCUCCAUUCGUUCAUCCAUGUUUACAGAGUCACCGCCUUCCCCAGAGAGUAAAUGGGAAAUCAAUAUCACUGCCCAAUAGGAAAGGGUAAAAGUGGUGAGUCAGACGGAUACAGGGUGUAUGGUGUAUGUAUGGGCAAUUGGGGAUGGGAGAAUGGGAGAAUGGAGACAAAUACAAAGCGGGUGGUGGGUGGAGGAUGGUGCGUGGGUCAGAAGGCGGGUAAUCGGGAAUCUGACCCACAGGCCGAUCGGCAGGAAUCAUGAUCAUCUGGGUCUGACACGGGAGUGUUGUCUACACGUGAAUCCCAUAACGCACUCUCUUGUUGCUACCCGAGGCAUGGGCUGUCAAUCUUCGCUCUUCCUCUGGAUCACUUCCACUACGCUCAGCCUCACCCAAGCCAAACCCCUUUUAUCAUUUUUUUAUUUGACUUUAGACAUGACAGAACAAACAAAACUAAAGCAAUAUAUUUUUCCCCUUUUUCUUUACUUCCAAAUUCUGAGUUUUUUUGAGUUGGAUUUCUUUAUAAAUUAUAAUCAACAUAUAAAAGUCAGUUGGGCACUUGGAACGGGAACGAAUCAAAACUCCAGUUUAUGCUAUUUAUAGUGUGAUCAACUACCUCUAUUAUCCAUCUUUGGAAACCAAAACCAAACCCAAACCCAAACGGCCAAACCCAUGGGUUUUCUAGUGUGCGGCAUGUUAUUCCAGUCAAAUCUCUCCCCCUUCUCAAUGCAUUGGAGAAUGUUCAAUUAAUAUAUUAUAAUAGAGAUGCACGCCAGAGCAAACCUAAGGUAAUUUCUCUAUUUCUCUGAGCAAUUGGGUAUGGCCCGUGCUCCCCUUUAAGGGUUCAGAUGAGACGGUGAUCGAGGCUCCCGGGUGAUGGAUUUUAAGCUAUUUCUAUUCUCAAGUUGGGGUUUGCUCAGCUGAGUUGGGACUACUACUUUCAAGCUCUUCAGCUCUGGGACUAGUGUCUUUUGCAUUCUGCAAUUCUAAAGAGGUUGGAGGAAAAAUGUCUUCUUCUAGACCCACUCAGUCAUCCAGCACUUCAGGUCGAUCAAAACACAGUGCUAGGAUUAUUGCUCAGACCACCGUGGAUGCAAAGCUACAUGCGGAUUUUGAGGAGUCAGGUAGUUCAUUUGACUACUCAAGUUCAGUGCGUUUUACUCCAGCUGGUGGAGAUCAACAGCCCAGAUCUGACAAAGUAACAACAGCUUACCUCCAUCACAUACAGAAAGGCAAACUGAUCCAACCAUUUGGCUCUUUGUUAGCCCUAGAUGAGAAAACUUUCAAAGUCAUUGCCUACAGUGAAAAUGCCCCUGAAAUGUUGACAAUGGUUAGUCAUGCAGUCCCAAGCGUUGGUGAGCAUCCAGUUCUGGGCAUUGGUACUGAUGUGAGGACCAUCUUCAGUGGCCCCAGUGCAUCUGCACUGCACAAGGCCUUAGGAUUUGGAGAGGUUUCUCUUCUGAAUCCCAUCUUAGUCCAUUGCAAAACCUCAGGGAAGCCCUUUUAUGCAAUCAUCCAUAGGGUCACUGGUAGCUUGAUCAUUGACUUUGAACCGGUGAAGCCUUACGAAGUUCCCAUGACUGCUGCUGGUGCCCUGCAAUCCUAUAAGCUUGCAGCCAAAGCAAUCACAAGGUUGCAGUCGCUGCCUAGUGGUAGCUUGGAAAGGCUUUGUGAUACAAUGGUUCAAGAGGUUUUUGAACUCACUGGUUAUGACAGGGUGAUGGCUUAUAAAUUUCAUGAUGACGACCAUGGGGAGGUUGUCUCUGAGAUAACAAAGCCAGGCCUUGAGCCAUAUCUGGGUUUACAUUAUCCUGCCACGGAUAUCCCUCAGGCUGCACGUUUCUUAUUCAUGAAGAAUAAGGUCCGAAUGAUCUGUGAUUGUCGUGCAAAACACAUACAGGUGCUUCAAGAUGAGAAACUCCCAUUUGAUUUAACAUUAUGUGGUUCAACACUACGGGCUCCACACAGUUGCCAUGUACAGUAUAUGGAGAACAUGAAUUCAAUUGCUUCUCUUGUUAUGGCAGUUGUUGUCAAUGACGGGGAUGAAGAGGGUGAAAGCUCUAAUUCUGGGCAGCCACAGAAGAGAAAGAGGCUUUGGGGUUUAGUGGUUUGCCAUCAUACAACUCCAAGGUUUGUUCCCUUCCCUCUUCGCUAUGCUUGCGAGUUUCUAGCUCAAGUGUUUGCCAUCCAUGUCAAUAAGGAGUUAGAAUUAGAAAGUCAGAUUCUUGAGAAGAAUAUUCUGCGUACACAGACACUCUUGUGUGAUAUGCUGAUGCGAGAUGCGCCCUUAGGCAUAGUGUCACAGAGCCCAAAUGUAAUGGAUCUUGUGAAAUGUGAUGGAGCUGCUCUACUAUACAAAAAUAAAGUAUGGAGAUUGGGAAUAACUCCAAGUGACUUCCAGUUGCAUGAUAUCUGUUCAUGGCUAUCCGAGUACCACAUGGAUUCAACUGGUUUAAGCACAGAUAGCUUGUAUGAUGCAGGAUACCCAGGGGCUCUUGCCCUUGGUGAUGCAUUUUGUGGGAUGGCAGCUGUGAAGAUAACUUCAAAGGAUACUCUUUUCUGGUUCCGGUCCCACACAGCUGCAGAAGUCCGAUGGGGUGGGGCAAAGCAUGAACCGGGUGAGAAGGAUGAUGGUAGGAAGAUGCACCCAAGAUCAUCAUUUAAAGCUUUCCUUGAAGUCGUUAAGACGAGGAGUUUACCUUGGAAGGACUAUGAAAUGGAUGCAAUCCAUUCUUUGCAGCUUAUCCUUAGGAAUGCUUUCAAAGAUUCUGAGGCCAUGGAUGUAAACACCAAUGCGAUCCACACAAAGCUCAAUGACCUAAAAAUUGAAGGAAUGCAAGAGCUAGAAGCAGUGACCAGUGAGAUGGUCCGUUUGAUUGAAACAGCCAGUGUGCCAAUCUUGGCAGUUGAUGUUGAUGGUCUGGUUAAUGGAUGGAAUACAAAAAUUUCUGAGUUGACUAGUCUGCCUGUAGAUAAAGCAAUUGGGAUGCAUUUGCUCACGCUUGUGGAAGAUUCUUCAGCUGAUACUGUAAAAAAGAUGUUGCAUUUGGCGUUGCAGGGCCAAGAGGAGCAAAAUGUCCAAUUUGAGAUCAAAACUCAUGGGUCUAAAAGAGACUCUGGCCCCAUCAGCUUAGUUGUAAAUGCUUGUGCAAGCAGGGAUCUCGAUGAAAAUGUUGUGGGGGUAUGUUUUGUGGCCCAAGAUAUAACCAGUCAGAAGACGGUGAUGGAUAAGUUCACCCGAAUUGAAGGUGAUUACAAAGCAAUAGUACAGAACCCAAACCCAUUGAUUCCCCCAAUAUUUGGCACAGAUGAAUUUGGCUGGUGCUCUGAGUGGAAUCCGGCAAUGGUAAAGUUAUCUGGGUGGAAUCGGGAAGAAGUUAUGGAUAAAAUGCUUUUAGGGGAAGUGUUUGGGACCCAUAUGGCAUGCUGUCGUCUCAAGAAUCGAGAGGCUUUUGUUGGUUUGGGGAUUGUGCUCAAUAGUGUUAUGACUGGUCGGGAAUCAGAAAAGGUUUCCUUUGGUUUCUUUUCAAAGAGUGGGAAGUAUGUAGAAUGCCUGCUUUCUGUGAGCAAGAAAUUGGACAGAGAGGGUGCAGUCACUGGGGUAUUUUGCUUCUUGCAGUUAGCUAGCCAAGAGCUGCAACAAGCACUUCAUAUCCAGCGGUUGUCGGAGCAAACUGCCUUGAAGAGAUUGAAAGCAUUAGCUUAUAUAAAAAGGCAGAUCAAGAAUCCUCUUUCUGGGAUUAUCUUUUCUCGGAAGAUGAUGGAGGAUACUGAUUUGGGAGAGGAACAGCAACAGAUUCUUCAUACUAGUGCCCAGUGCCAGCGUCAACUCAGCAAGAUUCUUGAUGACCAUGAUCUUGAUAGUAUUAUUGAAGGUUACUUGGAUCUGGAAAUGGUCGAGUUUACUCUGCGUGAAGUAUUGGUUGCCUCCAUCAGCCAGGUCAUGAUAAAGAGUAAUGGAAAGGGUAUUCAAAUAGUUAAUGAUGCGGAAGAGGGGAUCAUGACUGAAACACUCUAUGGAGAUGGUCUUAGGCUUCAACAGGUGCUAGCUGAUUUCUUGUUGAUAUCAGUAAAUUUUACACCAGGUGGAGGCCAGCUUUCUGUUGCAGCUAGUUUGAUCAAAGAUCGGUUGGGGGAAUCUGUUCAUCUUGUGCAUCUGGAACUCAGGAUAACACAUGCAGGAAAUGGGGUACCAGAACAAUUGCUGAACCAGAUGUUUGGAAACAAUGGAGACGCGUCUGAGGAGGGCAUAAGUCUGCUUAUCAGCAGGAAACUGGUGAAGCUGAUGAAUGGGGAUGUCCAGUAUCUAAGGGAAGCGGGGAAAUCGACUUUCAUCAUAUCAAUCGAACUAGCUGCUGCUAGAAAGAAGCCACAGGCCUAAAUAACUGUGUGAGGAAGCAAGAUCACUGUCUGGUUUGUACAGGCAAAAGAGAAUGGAGUGUAAUGUUGUUGUACUAUGCCACGCACUGUGGUAGGCUUGUUUUUCUUUUUUAAUCUUGGCUUUACUCUGAUUGUGUUGUUUCAGCUUUCAAGUUGUACAUAUUGAUGUGCCAUCGUUGAUAAACAUUUGUUUUAAAUUUUAAUCACUGCACGACCAGUUCUUGGAUUGAAAAA